CUCCUCUCGCGUCACCUCUCAGAUAAGGCCUCUCUCUCUCUCUUCUUUCUCUCUCUACACCUCCGAUCGGCCAUGGCGGAAGCCGCUUCGAGGAUCUUCCACGCCUCACUCCUCCCGCCCUUCUCCCCGCUCCGCCGCGGACCCCACAAGCCUCGCCCUCGCUUCCCGCCCGGCCCCUCGCUGCUGCCGCCCGCGACGGCGACGAAGGUGGUUUGCUCGGUUCCAGCCGCCGCCGCCAGGGCGUCGGAGGCGCGGAGGAUGAUCCCCUGGGGAUGCGACGUCGACUCCCUGGAGAACGCGUCGGCGCUGCAGGGGUGGCUGUCGGACUCCGGCCUCCCGCCGCAGAAGAUGGCGAUCCAGAGGGUCGACGUCGGGGAGCGGGGGCUCGUCGCGCUGAAGAACGUAAGGAAGGGCGAGAAGUUGCUGUUCGUGCCUCCUUCGCUCGUGAUCACCGCGGACUCGGAGUGGGGCUGUGCAGAGGCUGGUGAAGUUUUAAAAAAAAAUUCAGUGCCAGAUUGGCCAUUGCUUGCUAUAUACUUGAUUAGUGAAGCAAGUUUAAUGGGGUCUUCUAGGUGGAGCAAUUAUAUCUCGGCCCUGCCCAGACAGCCUUAUUCACUUUUAUACUGGACACGUGCAGAACUGGACAGAUACUUAGAAGCAUCACAAAUCAGAGAACGAGCAAUUGAAAGGAUUACUAAUGUCAUUGGAACAUAUGAUGACUUAAGGUCCAGGAUAUUUUCCAAGCAUCCUGAAUUAUUUCCUGAAGAGGUAUUUAAUUUGGAGACAUUCAAGUGGUCAUUUGGCAUUCUUUUCUCCCGCUUGGUCCGUCUACCUUCAAUGGACGGAAGGGUUGCGUUGGUUCCAUGGGCAGAUAUGUUGAAUCACAGUUGUGAGGUUGAAACUUUUCUGGAUUAUGAUAGUUCAUCACGGGGAAUUGUCUUCACAACUGACCGCCCCUAUCAAGCAGGCGAGCAGGUUUUCAUAUCAUAUGGCAGGAAGUCUAAUGGAGAACUCCUACUGUCUUAUGGGUUUGUUCCUAAAGAGGGCACGAACCCAAGUGAUUCAGUAGAGUUAUUACUGUCACUGAAGAAAUCCGACAAAAGUUACAGCCAAAAGCUAGAAGCUCUAAGGAAGCAUGGCUUAUCUGCCUCCCAGUGUUUUCCCGUACAAAUAACUGGCUGGCCGGUAGAGUUAAUGGCAUAUGCCUAUUUAGCUGUUAGCCCUCCCAGCAUGAGCAGUCAAUUUGAGGAGUUGGCAGCUGCAGCUUCAAAUAAAACAACAACUAGGAAGGACAUGAGAUUCCCCGAAAUAGAGGAACAAGCAUUGCAAUACAUACUAGACAGCUGUGAAUCGAGUAUAUCUAAGUACUCGAAAUUCUUGCAGGAGAGUGGAUCAAUGGAUUUGGACGUGACUUCUCCAAAACAACUCAACCGAAGAUUGUUUCUGAAACAGUUAGCGGUAGACUUAUGCACUAGUGAGAGAAGGAUACUUUUCCGAGCCCAAUAUAUUCUGAGAAGAAGAUUGAGAGAUCUAAGGAGUGGUGAGCUGCGAGCUUUGACAUUAUUUAAUGGGCUCAGAAAGCUCUUCAAAUGAGUAUGGGAGAACAUGGUGAUACUUAAAAAGGCCAACUCUCAGAUCUGUUGGGAUCUCAAUGUGACCUCGGAUUAAAAUCCGACUUUGGCGUCAAUUGAGUAUGAGGACUUUGGCAUUAAGUGAGGUCAAGCAGGCAUACAAUCAUCUUCCCGUCACACUAUGAACUUUGAUUGUACUUUUAGAUUGCAAAGUAUGGAGAGGAUAGCAGAUCAGUGUCUCAGAAUGUCAUGCUGCAAAUGAUGAUGCACGCUCUGUUUCUAAAUCUUUUUGGCUUUUGAAAUUUUAGAUCAGACAGAAAAAUGUGCGAUCGACAUUUCAUGUUUAGUUUUGUUUCCGAAGUGAUUAUCACCUGACACCUAUUUGGAGUACUUUGAUUUUGAAUUUCUCCCAACUCUUAUUUGGUUCAAUGAGGAUCAUAGGAGGAUUAAUUUUCA